CAGUGCAAGAGGCCCCCAAGAUCAAUUUGCAGAUCGCUCGUCACUGUUAUUCCUACCGAUAAACAAGUGUUUCUUUUUUUUUCAAUGGCAAACAGUGUCAGGUGUGUCUGUAUCAUGUGACGAUAAUGAUUCCCUCGAUAGGAGUUAUUACUCAAAUUAUUUCUAAAAUUUGAUUAUUUAAUACGCGUGUAUAAUAUAUUCUAUGAUAAAGUGCAAUGUGCUAUUUUACAACCUUGACAUAACAUAUGUGUAACACUACACAUCUGUUCAUUUCCUUGAUAUGUAGGUACAAGUUAAGAAGUAUUCUGUUAUCACAUAGAUAACGUAUGAUCAUGAAUGAUCUGUGCAAAGAGCAUCUUGACAUUACAAUAGACGAAAAUAAAAUUACCGAUGGUGCCAAGGACAUUAUAAAGAAGAUUAGACCAUUAUGGCCUUUACAUCAACUGCAUUUCAAGUCAUUUACUGAUGGAAAAACAAAUAAGUUGAUAGGAAUAUGGUAUUCAGGGCAUUAUACAGAUAUGGUGCUAAUUAGAAUUUAUGGCAACAAUACCGAUUUAUUGAUUGACAGAAAAAGUGAAAUACAAAAUAUUCAGAUCUUAAAUAAGGCCGGUUAUACGCAUUGCAUUUACGCUACAUUUAACAAUGGGUUUGCUUAUCAAUUUUUGGAGGGUGAAACUCUGACUACCGAAACUGUUAGAGAUGCCGCAGUGUAUCCAUUAAUCGCGAGGCGUAUGGCCGAGAUGCACAGUCUUAAACUCGAGAAUGAAGAACCCGCGUCAAGGGAAGCUUGUAUUUGGAACAUGCUGAAGAAAUUUUUGCAACUUAUGCCUCGCAGAUUUUCUGAUCCCCUUAAGCAGGAACAAUGCAGAAUGUUAAUACCGUCGUACGCAGCAUUGGAAAAAGAGUGCCAAAUAUUAGAGAAAACACUUUCGAAAGUGAAUAGCCCAAUAGUGUUUGCUCAUAAUGAUCUUUUACUAGGAAAUGUAUUGUACAAUCGAAAGCAAGAGAGCGUCGUUUUCAUCGAUUAUGAAUACACUGCACUCAAUUAUCAGGCAUUUGAUAUAGUUAAUCAUUUUUUGGAAUUUGCUGGUUUCGAUGAGCCGAAUUACUCUUUAUACCCGGAUGAAUAUUUUCAAAAGGCAUGGUUAAAAGAGUACUUACAAACGUAUAACAAGACGACUAACGUGCUCGAGGAAGAUAUUAAUAAAUUGCAUUGGCAAGUACGCUGCAAUACGUUUUAACGAAUAUUUCAAAUGGAAAGAAAUCUCUAAGCUGGAAAUAGAAUCUAAUAACUAAAAUCGUAGCAUUUCGCAAAACUCAUUCCAAUAAUAGCAUUUAAAUCUUGAUUCAAAUGUAUUAUAUACGUAUUAACUUCUAUCAACAAUCCUAACUAUUGUGUAGAUAUUGUAUAUUAUAUACAUAGAUCUUACCACUGAUAUAAUAUUUAUGUAAAUUUGUAUUUAUGUAAAUGGCUCAUUAUCGCGUUUACACAGAUUUUAUUUAAUUGUUACUUGCAUUUUGUUAAUAUGUAUAUAUAAAUAUGUAUAUAAUUGUAUAAUUAAAUAUGAAUAUAAUAAAUUGUCAUAAAAUACUUAUAUAUAAAAUACCUAUAUAUACAAUAUAUAAUAGAAUAUCAUGUAGCGAAUAGAACAGCAUGUUUACAGCGUAGAGAGAUUGACAUCGCACGUCAAAAGCCGCGCCUGCAAGACUCGUCUCACCGGCUCACCGCAUCGACGACACACGACCAGCAACAUACGACUACGUCUUCCGACUGAUCGUAGACGGGGCCUAAUCACAGCGUCGGCGCCUCGCUGUGAUUGGCUGGAUGAGAGUCGGCAGUCGGAUCGACCUUCGCAGUCUGAUAGGGGCUUUAUGGGCAUUUCUCUUCUUGCCGAUACCGUGCAGUCAUUUUACAGAAUUCCUUUGAAAAACUGGGUUGAGCUCAAAUAAUUCAAGAAAUAAUUCAAAUAAUAAUCAACUUGAAUUCC